AUGGAGAACCGGCUACUGUCAAUUCGAGCUUUUGACACCGAUCUAUGGACAAUGCCACAAAAAGAAGAAAAGUCACUCGGCUCCUUCAUUGGAAGGUUCAAAACAGUCCUCUUCAAUAUGGUCGUAAGCGAUAGCGCGAACAUAUAUGCACUGAGAAAUGCCUUAUGGCAUGAGCCAUGCUUCUGCGAAGAGCUUCUACUUAACAAACCAAUCACACUGGAAGACGCUUUUCACCGGGUUUUGAAGAACAUGAAAAUAGAAGACAAAAUAAAACAUUCUCUAAAAAUCAAGCGCCAAUAUCUAAAUAUAAGGACAAGGCACAAGAAGACAACGACGACUGACGAAGAAGACAUGGAGAAUCAAAAAGAGACGGAAACUCCAGAGAUCAGAGUUGCAAGGUCAGCGAAGGAAGCAAAACCAAUGGCGAUUCAGAAAUGAAACUUCAAAACCUCGAUCAAGCAAACCAACAUCAAAUACAUGGAACAGAGAAGAUUGCGAAAAGAAAACUCCAACAAAUUAUGUGAUUAUCACAACCGAAGGGACAUACCACCGAAGAAUGUAACGACUUCUCAAAACUUCAUUUAUUCCAAGUUUCACGAACAAGGUUAAGCACAACUUAAAAAAUCUCUCCAAAAAAUAAUGAUGACAAGCGCACCUUAGAGGGAGAUUGAGAUGCCAUGAUCUCAGAUGCAAUAUGAUAAUGGGAGGAAAUCCUCAAGAAAAAAAGUCAAUCUGAUAAUGGGAGGAAAUCCUUUAUGUGAUAAUUCAGUACGACCAAUCAGACAUGCGAGUGAAAUCUGUGUCCACAUGAGCUAGGGAAAUGAUAGAAGAUGACAUAAU